AUGUCGCGACCGACUCGUCCCUCUGCUAAGCAAUCGUCGUACACAAAUCACAGGGAACAGCAUCGUUCCAACGACGUCGAAGCUGCUCCUACAUCCGCCUUGAACAAAGCGCGAGCACAGUUCAAUGAGCCUCUUGCACAACUGCAGGCCAUAUUUCCCGAUUGGAAAGAGGAGGAUCUCUUGUCUGUACUAGAGGAAGUUCGAGGAGACAUCGAAACCGCUGUUGCGCGGAUUUCUGAAGGGCAUGUUGAACAAUGGGGCUCGGUGAAGCACAAGAAAGAAAAGAAAUUGCCCACGCAUCGCGAACGAGAGCGAGACGGCCAGAGUCACGCGAGCCUGCGGGGUGCUGCGAGCCCUCGCGGCCGAGCCAGAGGGGGAAGGGGGGCUGGAGUGUCCCGACAGCAAAGAGACCGAGCAAGCAAUCAUACGCCUUCUACUCGCGCCCAAGAUGCGACAUACGCGACCGACACUGAUCCACAAACAGAAACGGCGCACGGGGACUAUUCCAAGUCCCCAUACAGCAACGAACAAGACACAUAUCAACAAUCUACAUCUGAUCCCUUAACCUCUACCCACGAUGCUUCCACACCCGAGCCAACAUACACAACCCCCAUCCAAGAGGUGGCUGCCUCUCCCGCAGGGCCUUCACGAAAACCUAACAAACCGACUGGUGGCCUGUCCUGGGCACAAGUAGCAAAACCGCAUGCCAAGCCGCCAGUAUCAGAUACUUCAGCAUUGAAGCCAAAGGAGGAUCACUUGAUAGAAAUGCAGCCCAAGCAACAGUUCGCACGAGAGGAACCAACCACAGUGGAGACGCCGUCCUGGGACGACGAACCGGUCGUCAAUCCUGUCGUCCUACCAACAUCAGCCCAAGAGCCGUUCCAUAAUGAGAGUGCUCCUUCGAAUCAUGAAGGGCAAGAGCUAUCAUCGCCACCAUUGGCACAAGUUGCCGAAACAUCUCCUGUUGUUGACAUUCCGGCGAGACAACCUUCACCUCCAAAGCCAGUAGAGCCAGAGAAAGUGGAAGAAGUUGAACCCCCGAGAAUGGAAGCUGCACUCGCUCCCCCUCCUGGUCUUGCGAGUCCCCCACUUGCUGCAUCGCCGUCUCGAAGCAAGACGUCUACACCGACGAAUGCACGACCUGCAGUCGGUAUCCAUCGAACGAGUUCUCGAUUCAAAUCGGAUCAGGCUGUCAUUAUGCCCAAUCAAGUAUCAAAUGCAAAUUUUGGAACUCUCCCUCUCCAGUUUGGAAGUCUUAACAUCAGCGAGGAGAGCGAGCAGCCUUCGACCGAGGCACCUACCGAGACGCGACCUGUGGAGGAGCGACCUGUCGCGCACCCCGAUGUCCCACCUCCAACAGACCUGCAAAUUAUGGACAAUGUGAAGACUUCAAUUGAUUCAUACGCGUCUGGAUCAUUGCAAGGACACCCCGAAACGAUCGCGCCAGUGCUAACUAACGAGAGCAAUGGUCCUGUACACACCCAAGCCCCUCCAGUGGAUCCUACGUUGGCAAUGGCACCGACCCUUAACCACCCCAUCGCACAGCAGCCACCCCAACCACAACAUCAAAUACCCUCCCAACAUUCUUUGGCUGGUUUAACUCAUACCCCUCAGCAAUCGGGCCAGAAUGCUCCUAUCAUCCAACAAAGUCAACCCUAUGGCCAGGCGUCCGGCCUUCCCUCUCAGGGUCCAUACGAGACCGGCCUUGGGAUCAAUACGCUUUCUCAUCUGAGCCAACUGUCACACUCACAGAGUCAGGCGUAUUUUAGACAAACUGAUAGUCCUUUCUACAACCAAUCUCACACUCAUACACAAGACACAGGUUUCGGAGGCAGUAACGCCGCCCCCGGUGCGUUCCCCCAGACUGCAUAUUCAACGAGUCAGAAUCUCAACCCCGAGUUUGGGUUCGACAAUCAACGUGUGAGUCAACUGUUUAUCGGCCAAGCAACGUCGGGGUACAGUGUUAAUAAUAACUUAUACGGUCUACAGAACACUUUUGCAGGUCGAGGGCUUCUACGCCACGACGAGAAAGGUCUCACUGGUCCAUCAAAUCAACACCUCGGGAUGCACCCUGGACCUGCUGCACAAGGACAACCUGGGCCGAACCAAGGAGGAGGCCAAGGGCAGACGCAGUAUCCGGGUAUGGCACACCUAGCAAAUCCUUACUAUUACAACAUGAACAUGAACCCAUACGGCUAUGGUAAUCAAUUCUUCUCCCCAGCCUUCACAUCAUUCGUCAACCCUGUCUACCAACCGUCUGGCAAUUCGACACCCCCUCAUGGUUCGAAACCAUCUGCACCAACGUCCUCGGCAGCCGGAGCCCCCACCGUUGGGCAAUACAGUGGUGGCCCCGGUCAUCUGCAUCACGGGAGCAACGGAUAUGACGGAGAACAGCCAUCAAAUGGUUCCUCAACGUAUCACCAGGGGAACUCGCUAUCGACAGACUUUUCCAAGUCCUACCAACCCAGUCAAGGUUUCCUGAGCUCCAUAUCCUCGUCAGGACAAGGCGUUCGCGGCCCUACUAGCGGACCGACCGCAGGUGGUCCAUCAUCAACACCGUCGGAUCAACCUUUCAAGGGGUAUAGCUCUGGAGGGAUGCAAGGAGGUCUUGCGACACCUGACAAAGGAAUGGCACCAAGCCGCAUUCCGCCUGGUCUAGGACAGAACCAACCACAGUUUUAUGGAAACAGAUUUCAAUCAUCUGUGCAAGCCCCUGGUUUCCAAAAUCCCAAUGGUCAAGGUCCGCAACAGAAUGAUAGCUACUACGGGUAUCAGCGCUGGUGA